CUCCGUAAUUUAAUCCAACGAAGGACCCCACUUUGGUCAUUUCAAUGCGCGGCGCCCAGAGUUCACACCUAACCCGUCAUAACAAAACAGCAUAACCCCGUCGUUUUCAUGACUUGAAUUUCCCGAAAUACCCUCAUCAUUUCCACUCCAGCUUGUCCUCGUUCCCCUCACUAGUUUGUCGUCUUCUCCAUUUCCAUCGCUUUAAGCGCUUUCCCUUUCAACAUCGGCAUGGAUCGCAACUAAAUAUUCUAUUCCAAUUCUCAAACGAGUUGCUACCGAUUCCACUCACCCAACCAUGAGUCGAUUCAGGCGAUUUGAGCUCAUCGAAGAACCUUUCUGCUACUCUUCUUCACCACUCUCCUUAACUGAAACCCUAACUUUCCCUUCCUUCAUUGUUGAAGAUUCACUCGCCCUCGACCUCGACCACUUCCUGCUUCCGAGCCCCUUCGACGCCGUCACAGAUCUGGUACGCAUCAAUCGCGCGCCGUCGCUUGCGUACCGACGAGUUCAGCGAGUCGAGAGGCAGCUCGGUACCGAGUUGUGCUUGCAGAGCCUGUGCGAUCGGGUCGCGGAGUUAGAGUCGCGUUUCGACAGGCUCCUCGCCGGGAAGAGUGGCGGCGAUCGGAAGUACACGUGGACGGCUGAGAUCAAGGGAGCGGAGAAGAAUGGGUUUGACAGGAAGUACAAAUGGGAGGCGGAGAUCGCUGAGGAAGAGAAGAAGAAGAAGUUGAAGGGUGUGGCGAAGAACAUUAAAUGGACGGCUGAGAUCAAGGGAAGAGGAGAGGACAGUGGGAGCGCGAGGAAGUACACUUUUCAGGUGGAAAGUGGCGAUGCUGAGAAGAAUAAGAAGGAAAAGGAGAAGGAGAAGGAGAAGGAGAAGGUGAAGGAGAAUGUGAAGGAUAAGAAGAAAGGAAAUGGAUUGCGCAUUGUGGAGAUUCAAGAACCCAGUGGUCAUAGAGACGUCGUUUUAAGACAGGCAUUUGCAAAGAGGUUUGGAGCUAUUCAAAAUGAAAGAGGCAAGAAGAAGGAAUUAUCUCCUCAAGAUGCUGCAUUGUUGAUCCAGAUCAGCUUUAAAGCUUAUUUGAUCCGUAGGUCAAAGUCUCUUCGUGCCCUCAGAGAACUGGCUGUCGCAAAAGCUAAGUUGAAGGAAAUCAGAGCUCAGUUCAAUAAUUUUUCCUACCGACGUCAUAUAGCUCGUGAUGCAGAGGAACACCAGAGGUUUUCUGAGAAAAUCAUUGUAGUGCUCCUCACUGUUGAUGCCAUUGAGGGAGCUGAUCGGAUGAUAAGAUCUGCGAAGAGGUCAAUGGUGGAUGAGCUGGAAGCAAUGCUUGAUGUGGUUGAUCCCCAGCCUACUGUAAGAUCACUCUCCAUCAAAAGAAGGACAUUUGACAUGCCUGAUGGAGUCAUCCGGAAGGAAAUUGAAGAUGGCGUUGCACAGGUUGUGCAAAUGCUUGAUGAAGCAGAGAAUAGCAACAGCACCUUUGAAGCAUGCCUGUGAGAUCAAGGAAGCAAUGUUUAUCUGCUUAUUUCAUGCUUUCGCUCUGCUCUUGUAAUUUGUUGCUAGACGUAAUUUAGUCUUAAGAUUCGAAGACUUCUAAAUUAGGCUUUCAUCUAAGAUUGGCUUUUGUUCGAGCUGUGUUAUUUAUCUAUGACUAAGGGAACCUUGUUGAUUUGC